GGUGGCACAGUGGCAUCGGGCAGCGCGUGUGCCGUGCUGCAGAGCGUUGGCGCUGCUGGCCUGGGCGUGGUGGGCGUGGGUGCCUUCGCCGCGGUCGGCGGUGUGGCUGUGGUUGGCGCCUAUGGGACUUACAAAGGCGUGCAGUGGUACCGCGGGCGCAACAGAGGAGAGGACCCUAUCCCGGCCGCGUUGUAA